ACACGGGCGCCUCCUUGAUCCAGGGGCCUUUCGAUGACGUGGCGAUGAUUGCCGACAUGAUCGGUGCCAUGUGCAUCAAGUUCACCGAGGUUAUGGAGGCAUCGUCCUCGUCCUCUGUUGAAGUGAUCGAAUGCAUGAAUGACCCUCGCGACGUGCAAUUGAUAUUGGUGGAGUGUGCCACCGACUUCGACGACAUCAACUUCUUCUUCGGCGGGGACGACUUCGCGCUCACGGAAACGGAGCUGCUCCAACCCUUGACUGACUUCGCAACCACGGACUCAAUGUUCGACCCCAUGUGUAUCUUCGGCAUGAUCGGGGCAGACAUGACUGACACCUGGGUCCUGGGCGAUCCGUUCCUGCGCUCCUUCUACACGGCGUACAACGUGCAGACCCAAACGGUAGGGAUAGCCAGGGCCACGGGCAGCCGCACCGGCGAAGCUUGCGAGGCAGAUGCCGCCCUCGACUCAGCGGCACCAGCAGCGGCUGUUCCUGCGGACGGUGACGACGAUGGUGCAGGGUUAGGCAUUGCGAGCGCGCCGGAGGGCUCAAGCAGCAGCGAGGUGGUGGGGGAGGAGACGAGCGUGGUGACCGUUGGCGUGGUCGCGGGCCUGGGAACGAUGGCCUUGCUCGCCCUCGGCGUGGUGGCGCUGGCGGUGCGGCAGCGCUGGAAGAGAACGGGGGGAGGCGUGUACCGGUCUGCCAUGAGCCAGGUCGACAGCGGCGGCGGCGGCGGGGGGGGCGGGGGGUUCGAGAUGUCGAAGGGGAUGUCCUCGUCCAUGGCGGCGCGUCACGGGGGGGAAGCCGUCGAGCGCGAGGAGGACUUCCUGCAGGCCUCGCCCUGCAACAGCAGCUUCCGCUCUUCGUCCAAUGCCUCCGCAGGAGGUGGCGGCCGCUCGAAGAGGGUCGUCCGCACGGGGCAGGGCGGAGACGAGGUGGCGGCGGGCGGGGCCGCUGCCGGCGCCGGAGCGCCGGGGGUGUUCGGGAGACUGCUCGGCGGGGCCCCUGCGCGGGCGGGUUUCGCCGCCUUCGAGGACGCUGACGACGGGGAUGCGGGGGUACAGUAGGAGUAGGAGUAGCAUGCACGUACGUAGCGCGUAGUAGUAGGAAGUACGGCACAAAAUGGUAGGAAGUAAGACGGAAGGAGGGCGGCGGGUUUUGGUGCAUGUCAGUCACAGCACUAGGCCAGCGGUUUUCCAUGUGGACGACGCGAGCGGUUCGGAGCGUUGUUGUUGUUGUUGUUGUUGUUUUCGUUUCAUGUGUUUGGCGUGCUUGCUUCCGAAUUGUUUGCCGUUGUUGGCUGCGCCGGCGCGUGCAUGCGUUGUCUCUCCUCUCUGGCAAUUGAUUUUUUGUUUUUGGUGGAAACUUCAAUUUUUGGUUUGUAUGCAUACCCAGAACUUGUUUUAAUAUGAAUGUUGUCAGUACGGUCUUAGGGUUUUGAUAUACGUAUUUAGUUUGGGCUUGACGACUGUUUGUUUUGGCCUCUCUUGGUUGGUUUUGAUCGGAUUGAUAGGGGGGCAAUCUUACUACUCUGAUCAAGUCUUUUAGUUGGUUGGGCGAAAGGGUGGGCACGGCGGUGUCCGUUUAUGUAUAAGAGCAACUUGUUGCGG